GAUCAGCUGAUGGUGACGCUGCGGGGAGAGCGCCCCCCAGUUCCUGAAACAUAGGGCGCUGCGGGCUCUAUAGGCUCAGAGCUGGGCUGUCCACUCCCGUGCGCCUCCCCCGCCGCGUCUGCUCCGCGCGCUCCGCUGGCCGUCGCGGAGAGAAACCUGCAGGGUUAGUCUGGCUGGCGGCGGUGGCGGCGGCAAGGGAGGGAGGUAGUGACAGCCCCAGAUACCCGCCCUCUGCCCGGGGAGGCGGUGCUGGGGGGGACCUUCCUGCCAGAGACCCAACCCGACCCCAUCCUACCCUGCUGGGACCGUCCUGCCAGGAACGGAGCCCCCUGCAGCCCUCCUCUCUGCAGUAAUAACCAACGCGCUGGGACCUUCCCUGCUAGCUGCAGAGACCUCACCCCUGGGACCCCACCCUAUGCCCCUGGAACCCCUCCGCUCAGUAGCAGUGCCAGAGACCACUGCACCUUCCUGCCGGCAGCAGGGACCCUUCGUGUCUCCUCUGAGAUCUUCCUAGCAGGAGUAACAGAGACCUUCCUGAUACCCAGGGAGACUUGCUUCCUCCCCUUUGCACCCCAAAGACUUUCCUGCAAAGAACGUUAGAGACGCCACGCUUCAGAGACCGGUUAGCAGCAGAGACCUUCCAGCCAAAACUCCUCCUGAAUAGCUGCAGACCCACUCAACCCUUUACAGUCUUGAGACGUUCUGGCAGCAGAGACCCACUCCCCACCUAAAUCCAACGAGAGGAGCAGAGAGCCCCUUGGGACCCCUGAGCAACAACAGAGCCUCUCUAUUCACCAGUACAUGGAUUAUCUGGGCCAGUGGAAUCUUAAGGCUUGGGGACAUAGGACGCUGACCAGGAGAGCUACAAUAAAACAGUGUUUUAAAGCGCUUUGCUGCAAGGGACCACCACCUCCACGACCUGAAUAUGACUUGGUUUGUAUAGGUCUCACUGGUUCUGGCAAGACAAGUCUACUGUCACAGCUUUGCAGUGAAAGCCCAGAGAAUAUAGUGUCUACAACAGGUUUUAGCAUAAAAGCAGUGCCAUUCCAGAAUGCCGUCUUGAAUGUAAAAGAACUUGGAGGAAUACUCCUCCUUGUAGUGGAAGGUGGUGCAUGUUUGUACCAUUCUAGUUACCUCCUGGAGCUUCUAAUACAGCCAGGGGCUGACACUAUUAGGAAGUACUGGAGUCGUUACUACCAAGGAUCCCAAGGGGUAAUAUUUGUAUUAGACAGUGCCUCCUCGGAAGAUGAUCUAGAAACGGCGAGGAAUGAACUACAUUCUGCUCUUCAGCACCCACAGUUAUGUACUCUGCCAUUUUUAAUAUUGGCCAAUCAUCAAGACAAGCCAGCAGCUCGCUCAGUACAAGAGAUCAAAAAAUAUUUUGAACUUGAACCACUUGCACGAGGAAAGCGCUGGAUUCUUAAACCCUGCUCCCUGGAUGAUAUGGAAGCAGUAAAAGACAGCUUCACCCUUCUGAUAAAUUUGCUAGAAGAGAGAGAGCUUGAGCCUUCAAGAAUGUGAAAAGCUAGGAAAGAGGACUGCUUCUCCAGUCAUCAUUGAACCUGUUUAUUCUGCUCCCAGCUUAAUUAUGAUUUGGUAUCGAGACUGCGUUACGGCUUACAGUAAAUAUAAAUUUUCAUUUAGUGCAGAAGAUCUGUUUGUUAAAAUAAAUGCGCUGUAUAUGAUUGGUAUGGGGUAUAUGAUUAUUCCAGUUAAGUCAUCAUGCUACUGAAAUAUAGGGAGUUCCUCUUUGUGCACCACUAAUUUUGCUCACUGCAUGUUUUUUCCCUGCAUUAUCAUAAAAACAUUCUUGAUAUGGAAUUCUGCAUGCAGAAAGUCACGGUCUGUAAAGGAUGAAAAAAAAUACCACCAACUAUGUUUUCUGAAAAGUAAGUGUCAUUAAAAAUUUGUGGAUAUUACUGUGUGUGUUAGUCCUUGGGAUCAGCAAACAAGCUAUAUGGAAAGGAUGGCCAGUCAGAGUACCAGUAAAUCAUCUUACAAGCAAGGAAAUGUCUUGAUGCAAAGUCUAGUCUGAAGUCUUACUGAAUAAAAAUACAAAUACCUUGCUGGUUGACUACUAUUCUAAUUUUUAACCCUUUCAAAGGUACAAGCAGUCAAGUUAGAGGGAGUAAGGGGAAAUAAGGCACAGACACAGCGUGUGCUUUGUGUGUUUGCUAUGGGUUUUGGAUUAUCUGGAUUAUAAAAAAUAGCUUGCAGAAAAUUUCAGCUACAACUUAAGUAGAUGAUAUUUUUUAAAAAAUUAAAUAGGUUGGAUAAAGUUUACCAGUUGUUGUUUUUUUAGUGACUAUCAUCAAAGAGCAGCAAGAGUAUAUGUAUUUUAACUCCGAUGUGGAUCUAUGCUGUAUAAAUAGCAUGAAGUGGGACAGUUUUAAAUUAAGGGAUCUGCUGUAUCGCUCACUCAAAGUAGUAUUGUUAUCACAACUGUGCUCCUGCCUCUAUACUACAGUUAAGGGUCUGCCAAUAUCUCCUGUUAUAAACCCCUAUGUUCAGGACUUUAAAAAAUGCCUUCAGAAGUUUGCUGAGGACUGAAUGUUAGUAAAACGUUUAUUAAUCAGAACCACAGUUUUGAACAAAAAUGGAAAAACUCCAUUCAGUUCUAGGAAUGCAAUACAUAUUCCACCCCUUAGCCCCAUCCACCCACCCACCCACCCCAGGUUUGCAACAUUUGCAUGCCUUUUGGCAGUUUUAAAAUGAUGUAAAUCAGUUUGCUUUUCAAAUGAGCUGCUCAGUUCAUUGGUUCAUAAUAAAACCAGAUAUCACAAGAGGGUGUAGAAAUCAGUAGAUGUUUGGUACACACGGUGGUGGUUGUGCCUUGUCCAGUUAGCUGCCCACAUCCACCAAUAUCCUGCUUGAUGCAUACCCUGCAAUGGCAUACUGAGGGUAUAGCAAUCCAUCUUGAUUCUGUGUUUCAGGUUUUGAAAAAUCUUCUUAAAAGAAGACCUACUUUUCAGAGCUUUAUUCAACAUGUCUUUUCACUCUGAAAGGAGUUCAUUUCUUUAAGUUUAUUUUAGUUUAUAACUAGUUUGAGGAUAAGAAAAAAUCGUGAGGGAGAGCCUAUAAAAGCUGGUUCCCUAUUUGUAAUGUACUCUUGGUAAAAUUAACUGGUUUCUAUAACUUUUACCUUUUUAAAGUUUCCUUGAACUAUUUGGAUCACUUCUUCCGUCACUUGUGAACUGCUUCCCUGAGGCACAUUUCAAUAUAAGUGUGUAGCCUGAUAGAGGCUGUUUCAACUCACUUCCUAUAAUCAAAACUAAAUGGGGGUUCCUGAGUAACUUCUGGAUUAAUUGUGUAGUAGAAACUGAGAGCUGAAAGUGACCAGAGCGCUAGAAUCUGCUUCCUAGAGAGCAUCUGGGCUCACUGACACUUUCCUCUACCUCUCUUCCCCCUAUCUAUGUAUUUCUUACCCAUGUGCUGCCCCAAGGUACCUCUUCUGCAGAUACUCAGGAACUUAAACUGUUCAUGUUACUCAAAACCAGCUCCCAACUCUCCUUCUAUGAAUUGGGACACGCUUGCUGCCCCUCGGGUAUUGCUAGGCACCUUGAGUGGGCUCCCUUUACCUGAACUAAAAAUGAAUUGGGAUCUAGUUUAGAGCUUCCAAUUCACUCUUUCAGGUAACACAAACAAUUUAAAGUUCUCAGGUGUCUGCAAAAGAAUCUGUUUGGAGGAGGAUAUGAGUAAGAAGGGGAAGCGAGCUGCAUGCAAAAGUGAAGCCCGCUCUGGGGGCAAGAGGAAGGGAAAAGGUAGCAUUCUAAACUUUAGCUGCUUUUCGGUUUAAAAUUAGAGGGUGGGAGGAACAAUCUUUUUACUAUUUUCUGCCUUCUAGCCCAUAUUAGAUGUAAUUAAUCAAAUUCACAACAGGUGUAAAUGAGACCAACUCCACUUACUUCUUACUAAUUUACACCAACAGUUAAUUUGGUGCAAAGGUCAUAGGGGUUUUGAUAUUAGUUUGGUCAUGAAAUCUCAACUAUGCACUGUUGGAAAGUGCUACAUAGCAGUGACAUCCAAAAGGCCCAACUAGCCAAUCAGAAUAUGGCUUUAGCCAUACUCCAUUAUACAGUAUAUUAGGACCUUUUGAUGUUUAAUUUAGGAAAAUGUCAACUGCACAGGCGCAGUGAAAUUUUUUUGUAAUGAUUUUCAAUGUGCAUAUUCUUAGUAAUCACUCUCUACUAAAGGUUGAAACAAUACCUCGUAACUGUUUAAGUAUUCAAGAAAGAUGUUUAACAUUACUUUGAAUGUGAUUCUGUUUGUGAAUGGAUUAUAAUGGAUUUGUAGAUUUUAAACGUUAAACACUUUCACCUUUUUUAUAGAGGGAUUAAAAAAUACAUAGCAGUUCAUGUCACACACUCUGUCUAAAGUGUUCUUGAAUAUUCUUAAUACAGAAUCUGUGAAUACCAGACCUUUUUUAUUCAGAUGACCAAUCUCAAUGACUGUUUUCUCUUCUUGUGCAUUCAUCGUUUAGAUUAAAUAAAUUCAAUCACUAGGAACUAGCUACUUUCCAUGCAACUUCAUUAAACAGUGAAUAUUGUCUUUAAAAAAAAAAAAAAGAUACUGUGGUUUAAUGUUCUUUAGCCAUCUGUUAAAUUACUUUCUGGGUGUGUGUUUUUGUGUGUGUGGAUGUGCCCACACUGGGCGGCUUCUCAGACCUAUGUCUGUCUGCAGUGUUUCAGCAGUCAGAAUAAAAACAUUAUCAAUCAGUAUCCAACAACAGCUGUUUUUGACAUGCUUCUGUCUGACGCCUAAUGUUUUACAACUGUCCUCCUUUGUCUAGCAGUUCUGAGCUGGUCAUCUUGUCGCUUCCAUGUUAUGUCCUAUACUUGUACUAACAGAAUUUGCAGUGGUGUUGAAAAUGCUUGUUAGUGUUUUUGAUAGUCUUUCUUGCUGUAUAAUGUGCUAUGUGUCUUAGUUUGCAUAUUCAAAUGUGCUGUACAGAAAUCUGUGAUGUAUUAUUUCAUUUAGUUUCUGGCGUUUCAUUAUAUUUAUAGAAGUUACAGAUUUUGUACCUUAUUAGCUACUACAGUUGCCUUUUUGUAAUGGCAAUUAAUUUAUAUUACAAAAGUUUGUAUCUUUUCUGUAAUUGAGUAUUGGUUGAUAGUUAAAUGUCAUAUUAUCCUGAUUUUAUACUAAAAAUACAUCAUCUAUACUUAGUAGUUGACCCAUUCAUGUAGGCAACUGCAAGACCAGAGGAACUUGUAAUGUCUGAUUUAUACAUGAUUUCCACGAUCAAAAUAUGAAAAUAAACACUGAGUAGAACUGAA